GCGACUGAAUGUGCUGCACCAGGCCAUCUCAUGUUUCAGUCGCUACGAUCUUCGAGAUAUCGCGAUACAUGUAUGUAUAUUUUUAAUGUACUACUCAUAAGGUUGCUGAAAAUCCGCCGACAGUUCACGACCGGUUUCACUCUUUUUGGGCGCCUGGAAACAUCACAAACGAGAGAUUCAGCUGUGUUCCAGGUGAGUCUCUCGAAAAACCAAAUUAGUUUGCAAGUCAGCAGUUGUUUGAUUCUUGCGUUCUUGUAUGGAUACUCUUGGCAAUGUUACUUCAUCCAGGACAGCCGGAUUCGCCUGCAUCAAGGGCUCGUCCACGUGACCACACAUCCGCGCUGUGAGGAGGAACUGUCACAAUCCAAUGUACUCAAUUCGAUUCGGACAAUUAACCAAGCCCUGCUACACGUGUUCCGUAAUCGUCCGUGGACUUGUGCAGAGUGGUUGACUUUCUGCUCCCUGCACGCACGCGCGAGCCUGUGUGCGCUGACUGUGUUCGGUUCCCUAUAUGUAGGUCCGUUUGCGUGUACCUGUUCCACAAAAGUAUGUCUGAAUACGGGGGCGAGAUGGCUCAAGUGGUUAGGGCGCAAAUUUACUGACCGGAAGGUCCGUGGUUCGAACUCGACCUCUGCCUCUCGACUUCCUCUGUCUAGGCUUGGACAACCUGACAGUACCCCAGCCCCCGUUCUUCCUUCGGGUGGUAUGGCAGUUAAGCACCGAAAGGGUGCUACAGCUGAACGAUUUUUUAGUUGA